AUGACAAUCACAGAUGAAGAUGUCCAACAUUUCAUUCAAUAUCCUCUUGAAAACAUUACCUCAUUUAUCCGUCCACAUCAUGAUUUUAAAAAUUUUAAGAUCAACAGAGAAAGUCCUAACAAAGUCAUUGAUCUCACGCCCAUGUCUGAUCUUCUGAUUAAUUUGUUAAGUACAUUUCAUAUUUACUCACAAGAUUGCUCCGUUCCCUCGACCAUAGAUAAAAAUAUGUCUGGCCGGAUCUUUUCCAUCUACAGGCAAAUGAAUUCAAAGGCAAUCCAAAUUUCUUACUUCCAACCUCUUGUAACCUCGAUUCUUUUUAACUGUAGCGAUGCCGAAAUAUGGAGUCAUUUGACUGAUCUCGUCAACAAUCUUGAGCCUAUCACACCCUUACAGCUCGACGCAUCUUCGUCCUAUCAUCCCGACGCGCAACACAUAUACACAACGGCGCAACUAAAAGGUGCUGAUGAAACUAUGGACAUACUCAAAGAUGCUUUGAGAAAGGAACUGACGGGAACUGUCUUUGAAGAUGUCACGGGAUUUUACGAGAAAUUCUUUGAGAAACUGCUUUGGGCGAGCAAAUGCAAGAAGAUCUCCGAGAGCUAUGCUAAUAGAAAAGACCAAGAAUCAUUCAAAUUUCCGGACGAUCGUACGGAGGCGAAUGUAUGGCAGUGGAUAAAAUCGGUCCAGAUAAAAUUUGUCGAGCGGUAUUGGGAUCCUCCGGCCGAGAAAGCUGCAGAUAAAGCCAAUACACCGAAUACAACAAAUGCACCCCACCAACUCGACAAGUUUCGGACAACCAAUGGAUCUCAAAUCAAGGGCGGCCCUUGUUUCCGACAAGUAAACUUUUUCAUCAAGAGUCGCAGCCUUCGUCGCGGGACUCCCCACAGCUGGCGGGAUAUACAAGUCUUGGGACAGAUUACCAAGCUUCCCACUAGUGCGUGGAUGGAUAAGUUUCUCCAACUUGCUGUUUACAUGCAGGAGGUGUUUACGGCGCAGCCAUUGCGUAAGUUUCAACAUGGAUUCCUUUUGUUGGACACCAAAUUGCAACUGUGGGUAUUUGAUCGGUCGGGCCCAUACUCCACGGGCUUCACUGAUAUUGGUGAAAGUCCUGAGGUGCUCGUAUACGCCAUAACAGCCUAUAUGUUGAUGAGCGACGAGGAGCUUGGGAUCGAUACAUUGGUGCGACAUGAACAAGAUCAGACAAUUAUUACUGUCAUUGACGCUAACACCCAAGAGCCUCGCACUCUGAUUCUGGAAGCUGAGCCGCUCUUCGUACAGGGGGCGAUCGUCGCCCGUGGCACAGCUUGCUACCGCGCUCUAGAUGGAACGUACGUGGUCAAAAUUUCAUGGAGAGCAGUGGAUAGGCUGUCUGAAGUAAGCCUUCUGAUGCAAGCACGCGACGUACGAGGUGUGGCUCGGCUUAUCGGCUCACGGGAUGACUCGAAGAUAAGUGAACUUCGCGAGGGUUUGACAAUUACGAGUGAAAUGGAGAGAGAUGUCCAUCCAGACGACUCUCUUAUGACAACAACCGUCGAGCCGAUAGAGGCAGGUCCAUCAAUUCCGGCCGAAAUUAAUGAGCAUUGCACAUCUGAGAAGCGUAAAGACCGAGCCGAAGACAGUAUUGGCGACGAUGGCGACCAGAGAAAGAAGAGGAUACGCGUGUCAGAUAUCGCAAGAGUAGCGCAGGAAAAUGCAGCAUUGAUUUGCGACUGA